UGCGCGAUGUCGGUGGUGAAGCGGAGGCAGUCGGGGUCCCCGGCCGAGGAGGAGGAGGCCGGGGAGAAGAUGCUGAAGGAGAACGGCGCCGUCCCGGAGGCGGUGGGGUUGCAGCGCAACAUCACCCUGGUCAACGGCGUGGCCAUCAUUGUCGGGACCAUCAUCGGCUCCGGGAUCUUCGUCACCCCCACCGGGGUCCUACGGGAGGCCGGCUCCCCCGGGCUCUCGCUCAUAGUCUGGGCCGUGUGCGGUCUGUUCUCCAUCGUGGGCGCCCUGUGCUAUGCCGAGCUGGGCACGACCAUCUCCAAGUCCGGGGGGGACUACGCGUAUGUGCUGGAGGUGUACGGGGCCCUGCCGGCCUUCCUCAAACUCUGGGUGGAACUGCUGAUCAUCCGACCCUCGUCCCAGUACAUCGUGGCCCUGGUCUUCGCCACCUACCUGCUGAAGCCAGUCUUCCCCAGCUGCCCGGUGCCCGACGACGCCGCCAAGCUGGUGGCCUGCAUGUGUGUAUUGCUGCUGACCGCCAUCAACUGCUACAGUGUAAAAGCGGCGACGCGCGUCCAGGAUGCGUUUGCUGCGGCGAAGCUUUUGGCUCUGUGUCUGAUUAUCAUCCUCGGCUUCAUACAGCUGGGCAGAGGAGACGUCACCAACCUGAGCCUUGAACACUCCUUCGAUAACACCAGUAAUGAUGUUGGCAAAUGGGUCCUGGCGUUAUACAGCGGCCUGUUUGCAUAUGGCGGAUGGAAUUACUUGAACUUUGUCGUUGAAGAAAUGAUAGAACCUUACAAAAACCUACCUCGCGCCAUCAUUAUCUCAAUGCCCAUCGUGACCUUGGUCUACGUCCUCACCAACCUGGCCUAUUUCACCACGCUCACACCGGAACAGAUGCUGACCUCUGAGGCUGUGGCCGUGGAUUUUGGGAAUUACCACUUGGGUGUCAUGGCCUGGAUCAUCCCCGUAUUCGUGGGGCUCUCAUGUUUUGGAUCUGUCAAUGGCUCUCUCUUUACCUCUUCCAGACUGUUCUUUGUGGGAGCCAGAGAAGGUCACCUACCAUCUCUCCUGUCGAUGAUCCACCCGCGACUGCUGACCCCUGUGCCGUCUCUCAUCUUCACAUGCGCCAUGACGCUCCUCUACGCCUUCUCCAACGACAUCUUCUCCGUCAUCAACUUCUUCAGCUUCUUCAACUGGCUGUGCGUGGCUUUGGCGAUCAUCGGUAUGAUGUGGCUCCGGUACAAGAAGCCGGAACUGGAGAGACCAAUCAAGGUUAAUCUGGCUCUCCCCAUCUUCUUCAUCUUGGCCUGCAUAUUCCUGAUUGUCGUGUCGUUCUAUAUGACGCCCGUGGAAUGCGGGAUCGGCUUCAUCAUCGUCUUAUCGGGGGUCCCUGUGUUCUAUUUCGGGGUCUGGUGGCAGAAUAAGCCGGAUUGGCUCGAGCAGGGUAUACGUUCCUCCACUAUUGCGCUGCAGAAGGUAUUGGAGGUCGUACCCCAGGAAAGUUAAGCCGCCGCCAAUGCUCCGCCUCCACCAACGCGCACAAGAAAAACGGUAUUUUGUACGACGACGGAAUCGAGAAAAUCUUCAGAACGAUCUUUUAUUUUCGUUUU